UGGCUGUGGCUGCUUACUGCAGUGAGGGUCUGCUUCAGCCACCACCGACCGCCUGGCGACACCUGGCGGUGUGUUACAAGCUGCACGACAUCUCGUCUCCUCCUGACUCGUUGUCGCACACCACGAUGAAGGUCUUGGCUGCCGUUGUCGUGCUGCUGUACGCGGGCCGCAGUUGCUGCACCACAGUCAGUUGUGCCUACUACUGCACCGUGACUGUGCGCUACACCCAGUCCUGCGGGUGGUUCAACUGGGGCACGUGCACCCGUUACAGGACCGAAGGUUCAACGUGUUACAAUACUGGGGUGCACGGCGAAUGGUCUGGCUGGUCGACCUCUGGCACCGGAAGUUGUUCUGUGACCUGCGGCCCGGGCACUCGCCAGCGGUCUUUCGUGCGCUCUUGUAACAGCCCCGCCCCCAGCUACUGUGGCGCCCCCUGUCCUGGCGCUAACACCAAGGUGGAACACGAGAACUGCAGCGCCGCCUGUUGUCCGGUGAACGGCAGCUGGUCGGACUGGCAGAUGCAGACUGUCAGCAACUGCUCGGCGCCGUGCGGGGGCGGGGUACGCAACGUGACGUAUGCGCGAACGUGCAGCAACCCCCCGCCGUCAUGCGGUGGCGCCACGUGCUCGGGCAGCAACACUAGUGACGUGCAGGAGGUGUGCAACACGCAGUUCUGUCCAGUGGAUGGCGGGUGGUCAGACUGGUACAAGGAAUACAACAGCAGCUGCUCUGUGACGUGUGGAGGCGGACAAAUGAACGUCACCUACAUCCGUUUCUGUGACAAUCCUCCCCCGCAGUAUGGCGGCAAGGACUGUGAGGGGGACAACACUACCACCAUCACAGUCCCCUGCAACACCCAGAAGUGUCCUGUUGAUGGCGGCUGGUCCACGUGGAAGGCGGAGGACAGCGGGCGGUGUUCUGUGACGUGUGGAGGAGGGCAGAAAAACGUCACAAACAAACGUCACUGCGACAGCCCCGAACCCCAAUAUGGCGGCCAGGACUGCGCUGGUGACGACAUCAAAGUGAUAACCGAGUCCUGCAACACGUCACCAUGUCCCAUCAAUGGCGGCUGGUCCUCGUGGCAUGUGGACACAAAUGGAACUUGUUCAGUGACGUGCGGGGCAGGUGUGAUGAACGUCACCUACAGACGAACCUGCGACAACCCCGCUCCUCAGUUUGGAGGAAACACCUGUACGGGAGGCAAGAAGAGGACCAGGAUCGCCGCGUGCGUCGCGCCGCCUUGUCUGGUGGCCGGCGGCAAGAGAGAGUGGGGGAUGUGGAGCGACGUCGGUGAGUGCAGCGCCCUCUGUGGUGGCGGUCAUCUGCAACGGACGAGAGAAGGCAAGUGCGAUAACUCCGACCCUGCUUAUGGUGACUGCAUUGGGGUUGUCAAGGAAACAGAGACUGUCGUCUGCAACGAUGGGGACUGCGGAGAUCGGUGUCCAGAAAACAACGUCACUUCCAUCCCCCAACCCACCAACGACCACCUCUACUACCUUUGCGACAACGGCGUGGCCGUGCUCACGAGCUGUGGUGUGGGUCACGUCUGGAGUCAGCAGAACAGCACCUGUGUGUAGGUUGCCUAGCAACAGGUGGGUGCACCGCCAGACCAACACCUGCGUACAUUACUGGUGCCGGCAGGUGCUUGCCCGUGACGUCACUGGAUCAACACUAGGACUCGUCCUUUUCUUCCUUUUCUGCUUUUUCUCUGGAUUUUAUUGUUUGUAUUGUGUGUUUAGUUUACAAGUUCCAUAUUUACAAUCCUGUGAACAGCAGGUCAUUGAAAUACAAAUUGUCGCGUCCUUACAUCUCGUCUGCUGCUUUGCCAUCCUUUGCUCUCCUCCCUGCCACCGUGCUCUCCUGUAGGAGCUGUGCUGUACGAACGUACAGUCAUGUACAUCAUCACACAGUCUGUCCUGCUCUCGUCAUCUUUAAUGAUCGCUAGUCUAACCAUCUGAAACAAGAUGACCUGAGUAUUUUAUCUGUAAGCUGAAAUAGCAGACCAGCUAUAGCCAAUCACAAAUCAGUGACGUCAAUGAUUAUCCAACCAAUCGAAAGACGAUUCAAUCGUGUCUGACUAAUCGAAAAUCAGGGUUUGAAAAAUCUUAAAAAUCUCCAUGAAAUGCAAAUAACCGCCCUUCAGACCCACUCCCCGUCUUUUCAGUGAUAAGAUUGUUAUAAUGACACCGGAAGCGUGCAAAUAUUGUGAUCACCAUUACAACUAAUCAAGCUGAGAAGUUGUUGUGACUUUGCUGGUGGCACUGAGUAGAGUGGGUGAUCCAUUACAAAACUGUAAUUUUUUUACAAAACAACUACUUUGUCUGAAAUUUCUCUCACUGUGGCUUUGCUAGCAGACGAAUGCGAAUAAACUUUGAAUUAUCAGCA